AGGCCCUUCGGCGACCCUACUUCCGGGGGCGGGGGAGAAGAUGGCGGCCUCCAGGCGGAGCUGCCGCUGCUGAGGCUAAAGACUGGGAAGCGGCUCCGGGAGAGGAGGUGGCCUGUCUUCUGAGUUGAGUUUCCAGUUUGAGCUUGAGGUCCUCAGCCAUGGAGCCAGUAGAGUCAGGAAGUACUGCAGAUGAGGAGGAAGAGCGGGUGAUGGAGCAGAGGCCUCGGACUCGAUCCAACCCAGAGGGAGCUGAAGACCGAGCCCUGAGUGCCCAAGCUAGUGUGGGGAAUCGGAGUGAAGGGGAGGGUGAGGCAGCCAGUGCUGAUGACAGCCCACAGAACCCCCCCAGCAUCAAUGGCAAGCCCUGGCAGGUGCCGCCACAGACUCCAGAAUUUCAGGUCCGGACUCCCAGGGUCAAUUGCCCAGAGAAGGUGAUCAUAUGCCUCGACCUGUCAGAGGAAAUGUCUUUGCCGAAACUGGAGUCAUUUAAUGGCUCCAAGACCAAUGCCCUGAACGUGUCCCAGAAGAUGAUUGAGAUGUUCGUUCGGACGAAACACAAGAUUGACAAGUGCCAUGAGUUUGCCCUGGUGGUGGUAAAUGACGACACCACUUGGCUCUCAGGCUUGACUUCUGACCCCAGGGAGCUGUGCAGCUGCCUCUACGACCUCGAAACUGCUACCUGCAUGGCCUUCAACUUGGACAGCCUGUUCAACCUUAUACAGCAGAAGAUUGAGCUUCCAGUCACAGAGAACGUCCAGACUAUCCCACCACCCUAUGUAGUGCGAACCAUCUUGGUGUACAGUCGCCCUGCCUGCCAGGCCCAGUUUGCCAUGAUGGAGCCCAUAAAGAAGAUGCUUCAGUGUCCGUAUUUCUUUUUUGAUGUGGUAUAUAUCCAUAAUGGUACUGAGGAAAAAGAAGAGGAGACCAGCUGGAAGGACACAUACGCCCUCUUUGGAGGCUUGGAUUCCAAAGGCACCAGCUACAAGUAUGAGGUUUCGCUGACAGGGCCAGCUGUGGAGCUACACAACUGCAUGGCCAAACUCCUGGCCCACCCUUUGCAGAGACCUUUCCAGACCCAUGCCUCCUAUAGCCUUCUGGAAGAAGAAGAACCUGCUGAAAUGGAAGCCACCGUUUAGGGCCUGCCUCAAGCCUCUAGGCUCUUUGAUCUUUUCCUUUGCGUGGGAUGAACCCUUCCUCCAUAGGGCCUGGAAAAGGGUCCUUAACAACAGUGGUUGUGGCCCCAGUGGAGAUGGUGGCUCUUGGGUAAGGGCCAGUCAAUGACUGAUCUGGGCACGUGGGCCUGGCUUGCCACAAUGCUGAAUGCAGCCUGUGGACCACAUGAUGGUGAAUUUUGAUUAUGUAUUAAACUGUCAGUAUCGAUCUGA